CUUUAAUCAUGUCUGCUCUUCCCAUUCUAACAUAAUCAGCCUCUUACGCGAAUGUUCCGUUUGUGUAGGGAGUUUUUUUUAAUACGAACUUUCUCCCCUUUCCCGAUGCACAUUUCAAAUAACUGUAUUCAACAAAUACUUAUCCCUACAUCUUCCCAUUCAUACGUAAAAUUUUCUAAGUCCUAUGCAAAGCCCUUGAUCAGUUCUGCAUAUUUCCAUUUCAGUGCUCAAAAAUAACAUGAUAGCUGAUAUUGUCGGAGCUCUUAUUCUUAUUAUUCAAGAGUGAUUGUUAUCGUAUUUUUUUUGGUUUUAGGCAAAAAUGUUGUCGUCGAGGUCGAUAGUGCUUCUACUUGUCGGCUCAGCCGCGCAGGUUCGUGCGAUGGAAGCCGAAAGUGGACAUGCUGUCGCAGCGCCUGCACCUGCGAAGGCCAUAGCCGGAAAGGCACCUGGCAAAGCUCGCGCAAAGGAAGAGGUUGUCUCUUCGCAGUACGAACAAGAAGUGAAGCAAUCACAUCAGGCCCCAUUCAACGUACAACUUAUUACUCUUCUAUCAAUCUUCUAGUCUUCAAGCAGCGCAAUCCUUCUUUCCAUCUAAUCAUGUCAAGGACUCAUAGAUAGGCUAUUAUCUACCAUAUCACGAAAUAAAGACCCUCGCAUCUUCACCAGCAUCAUUACCCUCUCCCACACACUACAACUAUUACAAAAACAGAUGCAUUUCGACGCUCCCGGUUUCAUUGCACUUUACGCCUAUACGGGGGGACUGAUCUUGAUUACUUUGCUGUAUAGAGUACUUGUCUGGGGAGUCUGCAAGAAGGACACAGUGCGAGCCCGCGUGGCCGAGAAUCAGCGAGAAGAGUUGCUGAAGUCCAUGGAUCGACCGGAUUUCUACGGCACACUCGCCACAAGCUACGCAGCAACCGAGGCCAAGGUACUAUCGUUCUCUCUUUUUUAUGUGGAGCAAUUUGAUUUUAUGUAGUGCAUGUUCAACAGUUGCGUAUAUAUCUGAGUAGAUUCCUCGCAGCCUUACUGUUACCAAGAAAAGUGACAUCCUGCGGUAAUGAUAUAGAAUAAUCGUUAAUAAGUACCUUGUUCCUGCAGCUGGUGCUCUAUCAUGACCAUGAUACUCCCCACAACUUCAACUGCAGCUGUUUUUGAUUUCUGCUGGUCAAUGUGAUUAAAACGACGUACGACCUUCUACCACUUACUUACGACCCAACUCUAUCUACUAACCCAAUCUGUAACUACUAAAACUACAGGUAUCGUCCGAGGUAAUCGAUUGCGGUGGCCGCUCUGGUGUGAUACGGAAGCGUGACGUGUACCAAUACGGUUACGGGUACACCUUUUUCGGUUCUGUGCUUUUCGGCGCGUACGUUUUGUGGUUGCUCGGAAUUUCGCUGAUGCUUCCCUUGUGCCUUCUCGCGGUCUGCUUUCCAAUCAAGUUUUUGUGGUUGACCAACACUUUGUUCCGACUGGACGUUUGCCCCGAAGCGGUGUGGAACAACCUCGAAAAGUACGGCACCAGCACGACCACGUGCAGAUUGGGGCUCACCAACGAGGCGUUCCUUAAGUCCAACGUUGGCGGCGUUUUCCUCGUGUUCUUCCUGAUCUCUUUCUUGAUGUGGCUCGUGUACGCGAAGCAAGCAAACAAAUUGUACAAUUUCUUCAUGCGGCAGAUGUCCUUGCGUGAAGCGGAGUACAUCUCCAUCGAAGAACGCAUCGUGGAGGUCCAACAAGACGAUGAAAACGCGCAGAGGUGGGAUGAUGCUGGUACUUUUUACAACUUAUAAACUUAUAUAUAUACAUCAGAAAAGUUGUUCUUCAAUAUAAGAACUAAGUGGAAAUCGUACCAUGCAGUUAGAACUACAGCAAUACCGAUUACUUAUAUAACUAGAUGAUAUUCAUCUUGACCAUGAGAAUUUGACUGGUAAUAUUCUCGUCGUCCACAUCAACUUGCAGAGGCGAGCGGCAGUGAGUCUGCUAGCAGCACCUCCGCUUCUUCGUUCGCGGCUGGCGGUAAAAAUGGGUUUUCGUCCUUGUCUGGGAGAGCAUAUCAAGGGACGGAGACCGAGAUCAGUCGCGACGUCGUUGAGAAUGCUACAGUUAUGGUCGAAGAUAUCAACGGUGUCACGUAUCGCUACGUCACCUUUCAAUCGACCCGUCUUACGUACGACCACACCGCGAAGAUCUUCGCCGAGCCGAAGAACGAAGUAGUUGGGCGCAACACUCUGAACGCCUUACAUCUGUACAAGGAGGAGCCACUCACGGUGGACGCAGUGAGUGUAGACGUUUUAUUAAGGGGCAGGAACAAGAUCGACGUGCACGUCCCUUCUUUCUUCUAUUUCGUGGCGCAGGAAAUGACCACCGUGGUGAACAUGUGGCAGAUCUUUCAAGCCGUCACGCUCGCCUUCUUCUGGCAAGUGGUCGCCGGGGGCGUGCUGCUCCUCAUCUUUCUCGUUCAGCUCUACAUCGCAGCUAUGGCGCGAAAACGCGUCAUGGAGACCGUCCAACAGUCCGCGAAGAUCAAAGGUAAUCAACAAACACUUAGACGAAGGCUCGAUCUAGCAUUUUUUACGUUUUAUCACACACUGAUGACACUAUUACCAUGUUGCGCGGCUAUUCUUUAUAGUAGGAGUUCCAAAGCAUGGCUUUUCUGAGGUCGCAAAUACUAGUACUCUUGUUGCAGCAAACGAACAGGUAUUCAGUAACAAGUUAGUAGUGAGAGUAGACAUCUACUUCAACUCUCUAGUAUUCUCCUUCUUCAGGUAUCCGCGUUCUGGUCUACCGUGAUGAGCGUCGGGAUAAGUAUCUGGAGUUUGGUAAAGCUGUGGAUAUGAGUCGCAUGGACCUCAAUCGCCGCGUCCACGAACGCGACCGGCGCCAGCCGACAUUGUCGAAGAUCGUCGAAGCAGAUGACGAGGAGUCGGAGUCCGACGGCAGCUCGAUGUCCGAUAACCAUCACUCAUCUGCAUCCAACGCUAAAAAUCCUGGCUUUACUUACUUCAAGGGCGAUUUCGCGCAAGGCGCACGGGUAACUAAUAUAGACUAUUGCUAGAUUUUAUUUUGAUGACUAGAUAAAGAUAUUUUCAUCUUUUCAAUGCGACAUUAACCUAUCAAAUUAAUGGUAGCCGACAAAUGAACCCAUCGACGAGUGUUUUUCUUCUUGGUGCCAACUUGGCGCAAAAUAACAGAAGAUGCUUUUUUUGAGCUUUCCACAACAACUGCCAUGCUAAUAUCAAAACGGUUUGAAUCUUCUCCUUUACAACAGGGCGGCGCCGGAACAGCCGGAAAUGAGCUGGCUUUGCGAAAUCGGCAGUAUUCCAAUGGUGUAAACACCUCCAAUCUUGGUCUUGCGGAUUCGUCGACCACGUCCGACAGUGACGAAAUGCAAUCGCACGCGGGUGGGCCCCUAUCUUCUCUGCGCACAAUCCAGAGUCUCAAUUCGCGGACCAAAUUGAGAAACGGAACCUUCCGCAGUGUUUGGUCAAUGGAGUUAGUCCCGGGUGACUUGAUCGAGAUCCCGGAGGGUGUCGUCAUGCCCUGUGACUGCGUGCUUUUGGAAGGUAUAACUCUUUACCGUUUUCGAUCAAUUAGUUGGUAAAUGCUGAUGUACCAUCCGCAGACUACGUUUAUGUACUACAACAUACGAGCUAGAAGGUGAAGAUAUCAAGGCCUCCUCGAAGAUGUAAGUACUAGAGAAUACACUUACUUCUAAAGACUCAGUCACAUACCAGAAAAUAAUUUCUCCUACCCGCCAGGACACGCUUUGGUGAACGAGGCGGAUUUAACGGGUGAACCCAUGCCAGUGACCAAGUACCCCAUCGAAAAGCGCGGACGCUCCGCACAGGAGGAGAAGCUCGACGUCACGGUGCAUGGCAAGAAACACUACCUGCACUGCGGCACCACGGUGCUCCAGUCGCAGGGUCCGACUCGUUCCAAGCGCAACCUGAAGGCGCUUGGCCUGGUCGUGCACACGGGUACAGCCACGAUGAAGGGGAACAUGAUCCGAAAGAUCCUCUACCCGAGUCCUGUGUACUACUGCUUCAACGAUCAGCUGGGACCAUUCAUCUUCUCCAUUGUCUUGAUUCUGCAAUUGGCCAGCACGAUUCCGGUCGUGCUCUACGGCUUCAUUGGCGCGGAGCAGCUCUCCGGUAAAGGGUACUACUUCCAGAUCAUCAUCAUGGCGUGCUUCGAAGCGAUCACACUUGCGACGCAAGUUGUGAGCCCGCUCAUGCUGUUAGGUCUGACAAAGGCACAGAACCACGCGGCCGAUCGUUUGCGCGAUUCUCCCUCCGGUACCGUGACCCUGUCUCCGGAGCGCAUCACGAUGGCCGGCGAGAUCAAGGUGCAGUGCCUGGAUAAGACCGGAACGAUCACUGAGGAGGGAUUGCACCUGCACGGUAUCCGACCAGUGUGUCCCGUGACGACGCAGGAUGUGCAGAAAAACCGCGCUGAGGAGCACAAGAAGAGUGCGCUGUCAGUCUCCUUGUCGAACUUGGAGAAAACGGGUACGCUGGCACUGGCUGCGGCGAAGCAGACCUUCGCAGAAGACGCAGACAAGAUGUCUCAGACGGUCGCCUCGGUGCAGACGCUGAUCAUGGACGAGGGGGGCAACAAGUCCUUGGAAGCCUCCGCGAACCCAUCCAGCAGCGCGGAAUCGUCGGCGCCGGACAAUCACAGUGAGGGCACGGGGUCCACCGCUGGCUCCUCCAGUUCCACUACCGCCGGUGGUAAUCGUCCGCGUGGAGAGAAGGACAGUUUCGGCACGCCUGGGAAGAUGAGUGGCAACAUCUUUGGUUCCAAGAAGGACCAACAGAGCGCGGAAGAGUACCAGGCCAUGCUGAAUCGUGUCAAGUUCGGUCCUCUGGUGAACGUGCGUGACACCCCGGAUCAGCCACUGGAUAAGAGUAACCUUCUCGAGGUGGCGAUCGCGACGUGCCACACUGUCACAAAAAUGGACGGAAAGCUUUACGGAAACAGCGUCGAGCGUGAGAUGGUUCGCAUCAUGAAUGUCGAUUUCGCAGCUCGCAUCGGCGAGGGCGUCGAGUACUACCGUCCCAAGCGACACGCCGGUGGCGGCGAACUCCUCUUCAAGACGGUGCGGCAGUUCGAGUUCGAUCAGGGCGCGCAGAUGCAGUCCGUCGUAGUGGAUUUGCGUGGGGAGACCACCAGUCGUACGGGCGGUUCUGGCUCACUGGGGCGCUCCAAGCGGAGCGGCACCUCGUCAGGAAACACGAGCGACUCAUCCCAAGGGUCUAGUCGAAGUCGCGGCGAGUCGUCAGUGGGAAGACUGAACUCCAGCGGCGCGCUCCCAUUUUCACACGUGCUUUUCUCCAAGGGGUCCUUCGAGGCGAUCUCUAAGCGGUGCGUCCCCGGCUCGUUGCCGGUCGACGCGAAAGAGCUGACGAAAUCGCUCGCCGUCGAGGGCUACUACGUCAUUGCGGUCGCGUACCGCGUCGUCGACGGCGAUCAGCACACGCUUGGAAGCCUCAACAACACGAUGAAUUGCGGCGGGAACCAGAAGCCGGUACGAUGGCACACUAGCUCUCGCGUCGAUCUAGAGACGGACCUCAUGUUCUUGGGGCUUAUCUACUUCACCAACGACCUGAAGCCGGACUCGGCCGCUGCCAUCGCGGAACUGCGGCACGGCAAUGUGGAUCCAGUGAUGAUUACAGGAGACAACGUGUGGACUGGUGUGCACGUUGCGGAGAAGGCUGGCAUGCUGCCGAAAAACGCAGUCAUUUUGGGCGCCGACGUGGAUCUCGGUGGCGAGCGUAAGAACCAUGGCCGUAAUCAUGGGGACACCAUUGCCCACAUGGACCAGCCAAGCGCCUCUUUUCCGGACGAGUUGCACUGGCAGUUCUUGCGGGAGGCGGACAAGAUGCACGUGCCGAUUUGGACAAGCCUGCUCACAGAAGCGCGUGCCCGGUAUGCAGCUCGCAUCUCCUUCUUCGGAACAGAGGUCACUGGUCCAAAGGCCGCACAGGCUCGAAAGAAAACCACAAACGCUUCCUACUUUCGCGCUGGGCCCACGCAUGCGCAGCCUGGUUUGUCGCUUUCGCACGCGAAAGGUCAGAUCAUGCCGCACAGCAAGACGAGUCCACGAGUGCCGCCGCUGUACGGUUUGUCUCCCCGCCAUGCCCGCGCUGGUCGCGAUCCCAGGGCUGGAUCCUUGCUGUCACGCGUAAUGUCUUUCGGAAGCAACCGCGGGGAACGCACCGGCGGAUCGCCUUCGCGCGAGUCUGAUCUUAAUCGAUUCUUCGGCAAUGGCGCCGGAAACAAUGACGUCGAGACGCCGCGCGACGACGGCAACAGCCCCUACAGCAAGGAGAGGGUCGCAGGCAUAGGCCAACUGAAUCGCGAACACGUGUCGUCGCUGUAUCCGAUCCAGGGUGGAGAACCGAUGCAGCCGGUCCUGCGAGAUAAUUUUGAUUUGGGCCAAGAGGUAGAGUUCUUUGACGGCGUCUUGGCUCUGAGUCCCUCCCCGAAUUUCAAACCGCUUGACCGUCAACUGUUGUUCCAGCACUUUCAUUUCGACCAGACCGUCGACGACCGAAGGCUUUUACGCCUUAUAUCACGGAUCGACGAGAUGGUACACGAAGAGGAAGAGGCUCGGCAAGAGCAGGCGCGCCAGGUGACUGACAUGGCCCUCGACGAGGCAGAGGAAGACAUGCGCCGCAGCUCGUGGCGCGCAUUCCAAGAGUACCAAAUGUCUGCACGGCGCCACCUCGAGCUCGCAGGUCUGUCCGACGCGGACGACACAAUCUCCGAGGCGUGUUCGGAGGAACGCAAUCGCCUGCUCUCGGACGUCGAUGAUGCCGCUUCCUGUAUGGAUCCCUCCUCAGUGCGGAAACGCGGAGGAAGCAAGGUCCUUGAUGCGAGUGCACUGGCCCGUGCGAAUGGCACGCCUCCGACCGGGCGCUGCCCUCGCCGCAUGUCUUUCGGAGACAGUGCUGCCACGAUUAACGCCGAGGGCGAGGCGGCUCCGCCUACGGACGACAAGGACCACGAUGACGAGGAUGCGCUCUUCCCGACGACACCACGAGAUUACGAGCAGGUGACAACCAGUAUCCACGUAGAGAGCCGCGGGUCCACCGCCAUUGUCCGCACAUCGACGAUGAGCAGCAAACGACCGAAGUACUACUUUGCGCUGACCGAGGCUGCCUACCGCUUCCUUGCGCACCACGAUCCGAAGUUGUUGGAAAAGAUCUUUCCACGUGUUCUUGUCUUUGGUCGCAUGACGCCGAGUGGCAAGGUUGACGUGAUCCGCCGUCUGCAGGCUUCGGGCCAGGUUGUCGGCAUGUGCGGUGAUGGUGGUAACGAUUGCGCGGCCCUCCGCGCCGCACACGCCGGGGUUGCUCUUGCGGACGGGGAUGCCAGCAUCGUUGCACCCUUUUCGAGCAGCUCCAAGUCGCUCUUCUCGGUGGUCGAGACGAUCCGCCAGGGUCGGUGCUGCCUGCGCGUUUCCACCGCGCUAGUCGAGUACCACGUGAUCGUCGGCAUUGCGACGGCCAUUUUCAAGGUCUGCAUAGUGUCGCAGCGUGCUUACCCGAGUGAGGCGCUGUAUUUGGUGAAGGAUUCUCUAAUUCCCCUCAUGGUCGUGCAGGCACUGGUCGCGGCCACACCACCGAUGCACAGUGGCUUCAAGCAGUCGGAGGGUUUCUGCGGCUGCCUUCGACGCGAGCAGUGGGGCGCAAAAACGGGCUUGUGGAGUAUGCUGAAUCCGGAACAGCCGACGGGAAGCCUAAUCGCCAAGCCACGUCUCUUCAUGAUUAUGAUGGCCGGCAUUGUUUUCGCUGGUUUUGUCUACGGCAUGAUCGCGUUUGUAACCUACCUGAAUGCGUGGUACACACCGCUGGACCUGUUCGUGGUCAACGCCGAGGCCGCCUUGGUCAAGCCCUGGAGCAGCAACGUGCUAUCUACGAUACUUGUUGCCUGCGUGAUGCUCUUCAACUACUUCAUCUACUGUGCUGUCUCGGUUGACGGCAAGUUUCGAAAUCGUCUGAUGAACAGUUGCUGGCUCUACGUGCUCACUGUCGGCAUCUUCUUGCCAAUCGUGGUGCUCUACUUCAUGUGCAACUCUCCGGUGCACGCUUUCAUGCGUAUCAAUGUAGAUACGCUGACCAGCUGGGGAAACCACGGUGGCAUCGUUAAGGUCUCGCAUGCACUCGGGUUCUCAGGUGCCGACGUCAUGUCUCCAAAUUUCUGGUUCACGCGUCCGAAUUCGAUGCUGUUUAAGGGCCACGAGGACACGGAGACCUACUCUAUGGCGGCCACCGCGACACUCCCGACAGCACUCGGUAAGGCAGAAGCCUUCCCCUUCAUCCCAGAGCAUCUGCGUGUGUCCUGGACUGCGGCACACGGCGUGAGUUCGCCACGGCCGACCGUCUCGGUGCAGCAGGCAACGCGCGUCGUGAACGGCGUGCGCAAACCCGUGAAGCUGGAUGAUGUGGGACUGUGGACUCUACAGGUCGAUCAGGCCGUAAGUUUCAUGCAUAAGGAAUUGCCUGCUGCACUUACUCACUGGCGCAACCGCGUUCUCACCAGCCUGCGUGGUGAUUCUUCCGUCGACGUUUCUGACUUGAUUUUGCAGACCAACUUUCAAGUGAUCUUCCCAUCGCAUCCAGGAGUGAUGGGAACCAUGAUCGCCGUUGACACCAAGGCGCUCUUUAAGGGUGAGGGGAUUUCCGAUCUGCUGCAGGCGAAGCAGGUGAUGGCUGGCAGCAAACAGGCACCGCGCUCCCUCUCCAAGAGUGAAAUGACCGCAGAUCUCAGCAUGCACAUGUGCCAGAGCCUGUGCCAAGCCUCCUGGGAAGCCGGACGCACCGCCGAGGCGGUCGCAGCUCGUCCAGAGUCGCGCUUCUACUGCUGGUGGGUGGCCGUGUCUAGCGAUCGCUGUAUGCUGAUGCCGCGAACCGACGUGACCAAGUCCCGCGCACUAGGACCGGACUAUGCUCCCUACGUGCACUACGAGUUGCUCCCGAAGCACACGGGAGUGAAAUAUAAUGCACAAAGUGUUCUCUGGAACACUCCAGGCACGGUGACUUAUAUCCCAAGCAGCUCUGCGACGAGUCCCACGGGUACACAAGCCACUCCCGCAGAGGUUGCAGCCAUCCAGGGUGACAAUUUAGUCGUGGCGAACGCGGUCCUUUUCCCGGGAACAGCAGUUUCUGACGAGACGGAGGACAACGCGUUUUCGCCGGCCGAGUCGAGGGGACGCGGCAAAGGUGGCCGUCAUCGUUCUUCGAUGCUGCAACUCAACAAGGAAGGUUCGAAGCCGUUAGACGUGAAGAAGAAUGGCGAGUCUGCGGUCGACCUCAUGGGCACCUUUUCCGGCGAGGAGUACCAAAUCAUGCAACUGAACCGACACAACGUGCUGUCGUGGCGCGGCAUGAAUUACCAGAACGAAGGUGGGUACGAUCGCCCGAUUCAGGACAACUUUCCGUCGUUCUAUCCGCGUGAUGACUACUACUUGCCGCGAGCGGGCUUCACCGAUGAGCAGUCCAAGUGGUUCCCGGAACUUUACGAGAACCAUCCGUCCAAAUUUGUGCCGACGUUCAGUUUCAUGUUUUUGGCUUUUGGCUCCUUCCUGAGUGCUGCCAUUAUCGCCGUCGUGUACAGCACCUUGAAGUUCUGGAGCAUCGGUUACGAGCCGUCGCAUCAGCACAACCGCUACCAGCGAGAAGUGGUCGCAGUAGAUGACGCGGAUGGAAACAAGGAGAAUCAGGACAAGGACCAAGUCAGCGCUAGCACUGGGUCCUCAUCCGGACUAACUAGGAGGAACCUCCAGAACGGCAGUUCUAGUGAAGGUGGCAGGUCUGGAGCGAGUGGGGCGUUCGCAGGACAAGGACGCCUCCUCAACCAGUAA